UGUUUGUUUGUUUUGGGUUUUUUAGGAUGGAGGGGAACAUCAAAGAGAAUAUCCGAGAUAGUGAUCGGUAUCAACCAUUUUAUGAGUUUACAGUUGCAAGUCAAAACCUUGGUGAUGCUUGUUUUAAACUUCCUGGACGCUGCGAGUUAAAGGGACGCUUCAGUCGCUUAAGGACAAGACAGCGAACGUAUCUGCCGAACAAGGUCCAGAAAGAUGACCCUUUAUACAUUCAUUGGCGUUUUACUAGUUCUACACAAUCAAUUUGGAAACACCUUGUCAUCCACCACCACCGAAGAAUAUACCACCAUGGAAUCCACCACCGAAGAAUAUACCACCAUGGAAUCCACCACCAUGGAAUCCACCUCAUCGCCCAGUACAACGACAGAGCCUCCCACAUCUACCGAAGGAAUAACUCAAACAACGCUAGGGACAACGACGACAGAUACUCCGUCAACCACGACACACAGUACAUUGACAACGACAGAAAUUUCAUCAACGAUGGCAAGCGGAACAGAAACAACUUCGGUGCCAUUGACGACUACAAUAACUGUGCCUGACUCUACAACCUCAACUAGUGUGUCAACAACUGCAACAACACUCUAUAACGAAAUAACAACUUCAUCUGAAACCACCACAAGCCAAACGCCACCUACAUCAUUAGACACAACAACCACAUCAGGUAUGGCGUCAGACACAACAACCACAACAGGUAUGACGUCAGACACAACAACCGCUGUCAGCAUCACAACGACAUCGACGUCUACAACUUCAUCUGAAACCACCACAAGCCAAACGCCACCUACAUCAUCAGACACAACAACCACAUCAGGUAUGGCGUCAGACACAACAACCACAGCAGGUAUGACGUCAGACACAACAACCGCUGUCAGCAUCACAACGACAUCGACGCCUGCAGCUAUGACUACAACAAUGGGAACAAGUACAGACUUAUCGGUUACAACAUCAUCUGUAGCUUCAGAAAAUAGUCAAACAACAACCACGGGAGAUAACCAGACGACAACAGCAGCCCCGACGUCUACAUCGGAAAUAAGCAGCACAACAAUAUCCAUAACAUCCAGUGAUAACCCAACUACAACACAAAUGGACUCCACAACCAUCACAAUCGAGGGUGAUAACCAGACCACCGCAGUGACUAGCAGUGCAUCUACUACGUCAGACGUGUCGACUUCCUCAACUCCGCCAGACACAACCACGGACUCUGUGGGCGUUCCCAGCAAUGUGACUGUGAGUCCUUCAGUGGCCGCUGUCCUAGGGAUGUCAAUGGACAACACUAGCCAAGAACCUCACAUGGUCUGUGUGUUUGCUGAUCCAGGGGGAAUGUUAUUCUUCCUGGUCAAGUGGUAUAUCAACAACAACCUGCUGACGACCACCAACUACGGUGCAGUGACGUAUAAUAACGUCAACACUACAGCGGCGCUGCGGCCCAAUCACUGGACAUCAAAUUAUUCCAUGAACAUGAAUGUGAAUUGCUCUGUCAGUGCCCAAUACUUGGUGGACAGUGGUCAAGGCCCAGAAUCUCGAAGUCCAAGCUUCUUCGCUGGAGUUACGAUAAGCGAAUCGACCCUGAGUAUCAAUGAGGGGGAGACAACCCAGAUAACGCUCACAAGCAGUGUACCGGUGGGCUGUUCUGCAUCACUUACAGACGCUGAGAAAGAGACUCAAUGCAAGGCUAAUUUGCAUAUCAUCACGAGUGAAUGGAGCUGGUGCUGGAAUGGCGUUAAAUACCUGAGCACGGCCUUCCCUGACAACGGUUGUCACGUGUCCAUUCCCUAUAAGUAUUGGGACCAGGCUGUGAUCCUUAAUGUCACUGGUUAUGUAGAUGCCGUGAAGAACUGGUGGGGGCGAUAUUCCAGCAUCAAGUUCAAAUCCACUACCAAUCCUAGUGACGCAUCUAACACAUGGAACAAUAUGAAUAUCGAUCACACGGUGUCUGUCACAGUGUGGGACACCAGCUCAUACACUUCGGGAGGAGGGAUAUGUGGGGGAUACAACGACCCUCAUAUGGUAACGUUUGACAGAAGAUACUGGGAAAAUCAGAGAGUGGGAGAAUUCGUUAUGUACCAGCACAAAACCAAACCUUUAGCGGUUCACGCGCUCUAUUCGACUUGCUACCCCUGGCGCGCGGCCUGUAACUGUGGGGUGGCCAUUCGUUCCGGACAAAACCUGUACGUGGUCCGGACCUGCAUAGAGGUAUCCCAACAGAACAUCAACCUCCUUAGUUACCCAUAUGAACGAUACGACGGCUGUAGCCAAGAGGACGAGAUCACAGUAGAAAAAAUGGGCACGAAUUACAGGGUGACCUUGCCGAGUGGUACGGAAGUCUCGUUUUCGUUUAGUACUUAUUCCCAUUGGAUAAACUUCAUACAGAUCGUAGCGUCCUCGACUGACCUUCAUAAUACUGAGGGCAUAUGUGGUUCCUACGAUAAUGAUAAUACCAACGACUUUGUUCCAAAAAAUAAUGCUUCACAUACACCUGAUGAAAGGGCAUUCGCUUUGUCAUGGAGGGUUGAAAUAGGAUCUACAGAUAGCCUUUUUAAGAAAAACCCUGACGUCAUUUAUGGGUCAUCGUCUGGUGGUAGUACACAGCAAACCACGGAACGGUACUGCACAUGCUCCUCUUUCUAUAAUUAUAAUGAUCAAUACAACGUGCCAUUUGACGCAAAUUACGCCAAGUGCAACCUGGAGGCCCCAACGGAGCCUUGUUCGGACCGAUCUGGUCAGACUGUUAACGUUUGUUCACUAAGCAGACGCAGGCGAAGCACUAACUCUGAUGACAUUAUGGAUGAGAUAGAAUUUAGCUAUGACCCAAAUUUCAAUGUCAGCGCCGAAUUUGAGGUUGCCGAGUGGCCGUCGGGUAACUGGACCGAGGUAAAUGCAACUAUUUUCUGCAACCGAUCUUUUACUGAGGAUAUUGCUGUAACAACCUGUAUAGAAAAAGUGAACACAAGUGCUGCAGAAUACAUAGCCAGUUGUGUAGAAGACAUCAAGAUGGUGGGGAAUUCUGAUUUUAUUCAAGCCACGCUGGAUACUCUGAAGAAAGAAUGCAUUACGACGGCCUCCCGAGACUCUAGUUUCAGCAACUCCACGACGGACGGCGGCGGAAGUAUUCUUGAUCUUCUGAGGUCGCUGGUCUGCCCCAACAACUGUUCCGGUCAAGGUGUCUGUGUCAAUGAAACUUGCGAUUGUAACACAAAUUUCAUCGGGGAGGAUUGUUCUGUGGAAUUAUCUCAGCCACCAGGAAAUAUUUCUAUACCCCAACAGGGGGCCUGCGACACGAGCGUGCGCGCGUGUCAGAAAACCAACAUCGUGGGCACCUUCUACAGCGAGACCAUCUACGCCAAAUGCACCUAUUUCAAGGGAACAUCCACCGGAAAAGUGUCAUCAAAUCACGAGGUAUUGGCGGACGUGCAAUACAGGCACAUAAACCUCAUCACAGUCACCAUUCCAUCGCCACCAUCGGCGCGCCGGCGCAGACGUUCCGCCGGAAGUGACGCACACGGAUGGAAUAUUACGUUGAGUUAUGAUAACACUACUUUUGGCGACGCAGCCGUCAUUCUUCUGUUCGAUAGCACCACAAAAACCUGUGAUACUACAACGUUCAUCUGCAUCAGCAAGGUUGCUGUUGCAGAAACAGAAUCAGAUAACAAUGCAGGGAUCAUCGCCGGAGCUGUAGUCGGGAGCGUGGUCGUCAUUGCCGUCAUUGUCGGUAUUAUCAUUUACAUCACGAAGUACAAAAAGAUCAAAGGACGAGUGAGUUCCAGUGAAGUUGACUUGGGGAAUCCAAAAGAUUCUGUGCCAUUAACUCGCCCCUCUUUAUAGGAAGGAUGUUACAAGCGUAACAUGUGCGAAUGGUUUAGAUCCGUCCAGAAAAUCGUAAUACCAGCAUUCAAAUGAAUAUGCAUUAAUGUUUUAUAUCCGUCCACAAAAUCAUUAUUCUAGUAUCCAAAUUAAUAUACUUGUAUCAGUGUUUUAUAUCCGUCAAAUUUCGUACCAAUGAUUUUGAUUGAUAUCCGUCCUGAAAAUAUGUACAAAUGUUUUAGAUUUGUUUAGAAAAGUAAUGUUCAAAUAUACAUGCACCGGUUUUUUAGAUUUACAAUGUAUCUACAAAAUGUAAUAUUUAAAUGUACAUGUACCAAUGUUUUACAUGUAAAUGUUCAAAUGAACAUGUACCAAUGUUUUAUAUGUUCAAAUGAAUAUGUACCAAUGUUUUUGAGAUCCGUUUAGAAAAUGUAAUAUUCACAUCAAAAUCGCAACUCCUGGGUUCUUUCCAGCAAGCUGAAUUUUCAGAAAUUCCCGGAAAGAGUGGAGAAAUUGCGAUUGAUUUAAAUCAACGGGUAUGAAUAUUUUAGAUCCGCCCAGAAAAAUGUAGUAUUUAAAGAUAACUAAAGAUAUAAUCUUAAUAUGAGAAUUAAUAAUGAGGAAAAUAAUUAUGUUCUGUCUUCAUCAAAGACCAUGUCAUUAACAAUAAGUAGAAACUAUACCAUUUGCAACCAUUCAUUGAAACAGCCGCAUUUGUACGAACAAUACAUUGAUUUCUAAAUAUGUAUGUGAUUGUGAGUAAUAUGUUUUUCUAUUAAUAGUUUUACACCCAAUAAGUUUUUUAACUCGACAACACUCACCAGGUGGCUAUUGGUUUUAAAAUCUUCAUUUUAUGUUUGACACAUCAGUACACUCAUAUAAUCCAAGGGCUCAAACAAGAUUCUGAUCAGAGGAUUUCUGGCGCCAUUGUGUAUGUUAAUAAAGAACACGUAAUUAGAAUUACCAGAGCUCCAGGGUUAGCAAACAGCAAACUUGUGUUGUAGUUUAGUUCGUAAUCAAUUCAUAUUGAACAAUUCGUAAUUAACGUAUAUCUUGAAGUACAGUUCGUAAUCAAUUUAUGUUGAAGUACAUUUAGUAAAUCAUUCAAACUUCAGUAACUUAAUAACUAGUUAAGACUCAUGACAUUUUUAGGGAUUCGACAGGGAUCUUAGAUUUUUCAUAGGAAUAUGUUGGAUACCUAUUAAGGCAUUUCUUUUCGAAAUUGAUAUAUUUAUUAUAAUUCAAUUUUAAAUGCAUAUUGUUAUUUAGACAAGUAAAAUCAUUUCCCCUGAUUCCAAGUACAAUCACUAUACAUAGAAUUCGAAGUCUGGGGGAACACAGAAACAAAGGCUGAACACUGUGGUAUACGAAUCGUUUAAAAGUCAUUCCCUGUACUGUAGCACAACAAUGUAUGUAGUGUGUCUGGUCUUCAUGAAAAUUACAGAUAUCCGUGUUUGCUGUGAUAUUUUAUAAAUGAUAAGAUUUCUAAUCAUUAAUGAUAGUAUUCUUAUGUACUUAGGACAUAUCUGAUUUUCAUUGUGCCAAUAUUCUACCGUCUCUGAGCGUGAAACUGUGAUAGAUUUUUUUUCUACAUGUUUAUACAUCUGUACAAUAGAUCCAUAUUAACCUCACUGUUUGCGAUUUAAAGCAUUUCAAGUUUUCAGUUAAAAAAAUAUUCAGAUCAUAAACUUUUGUAUGACGUCAGCAAAUUAGAAAAAUCAUUUGAAAUGUUGAUAUGACGAGAUAACAACUGGUUAUCUUGAUCGACAUGUUUUUACGAAACAGUACUAAAAUACGAAAGUGUGGCGUAAACCACGUGUUACUACUUGAACCUCUCCGAAAUACAAAGUUGGAGAGAAGAUUCACGUUCCACGUUGGUCUUUGAACGCAAAUAGGAGGGCGAAUCUCCAGUAAAAAAGUGUUGUCUGGACAUUGAAGCAAAGUGAAACACCAAUCAACGUCAGCUGAAACCAGAAAAUCAAGGACAGGUGACUAGGCGAAAAAAGAACACGUGACUAGGUGACGUCAAGGACUCAUGACUAAACAAAAUCAAGGAUACGUGACUACGAUGUUGUUUAAAUAAUUGCUGACAGAAGGGGGAAAUCAAUGUUUUUCUUAUGAAACAAAAUGUGGGGAUUGGAAAUAAAAUGAGUGAAUAUAA